GCAGGAUGGCGGAGGCUGCGGGACCGGAGUCCACCACCGCGGCGGAGUCAUCGGACAGCGAGCCGGAGCAGGAGCCCGGAUCCCCGCAGAAGCUCAUCCGGAAGGUCUCCACGUCCGGCCAGAUCCGCAGCAAGACGGUUCUGAAGGAGGGGAACCUGCUGAAACAAACCAACUCCUUCCAGCGCUGGAAGAGACGCUACUUCAAACUGAGAGGGAGGACGUUGUACUACGCUCAGACCAGCAAGUCCAUCAUCUUUGACGAGGUCGACCUGACGGACGCCAGCGUGGCCGAGUCCAGCACCAAGAACGUCAACAACAGCUUCACCGUAAUCACUCCGUGCCGCCGCCUCAUCCUGUGUGCUGACAACAGGAAGGAGAUGGAGGAGUGGAUGGCAGCUCUGAGGAGCAUCCAGAACCGGGCCAACUACGAGUCCACCCAGUUCAGCAUGGAUCACUUCAGUGGGCUCCACAACUGGUUCGCCUGCAGCCACGCCAGGCCGAGUUACUGCAACGUGUGCCGGGAAAACCUGGGGGGAGUGACGAGUCACGGGCUGUCCUGCGAAGUGUGUAAAUUCAAGGCUCACAAACGUUGUGCGGUUCGAGCCACCAACAACUGCAAGUGGACGACUCUGGCGUCGAUCGGGAAGGACAUCAUCGAGGACGAGGACGGGGUGUGGAUGCCCCACCAGUGGCUGGAGGGGAACCUGCCGGUGUCGGCUAAAUGCUCCGUCUGUGACAAAACCUGCGGCAGCGUCUUGAGAUUACAGGACUGGAGGUGUCUGUGGUGCAAAACCAUGGUGCAUUCUGGGUGCAGGGAUCUUCUGUCCUCCAAGUGUCCUCUGGGUCAGUGUAAGGUCUCCGUUAUCCCGCCCACGGCCCUGAACAGCAUCGACUCUGACGGGUUCUGGAAGGCGUCCUGCCCCCCCUCGUGUUCCAGUCCUCUGCUGGUCUUCGUUAACUCUAAAUCUGGAGAUAAUCAGGGCGUGAAGUUCCUGCGUCGGUUCAAGCAGCUGCUGAAUCCGGCUCAGGUGUUUGACCUGAUGAACGGAGGCCCGCACCUGGGGCUGCGUCUCUUCCAGAAGUUCGACACCUUCAGGAUCCUGGUCUGUGGAGGAGACGGUAGCGUUGGCUGGGUGCUGUCAGAGAUCGACGCGCUAACGCUGCACAAACAGUGCCAGCUGGGCGUGCUCCCCCUGGGAACAGGGAACGACCUGGCCCGGGUUCUGGGUUGGGGUUCUGCCUGUGAUGACGACACUCAGCUGCCCCAGAUCCUGGAGAAGCUGGAGAGAGCUAGCACCAAGAUGCUGGACAGGUGGAGUAUUAUGGUGUAUGAGACCAAGUUUCCACGGCAACCGUCUUCCUCCACCGUCACCGAGGACUGCAGCGACGACUCCCAGGUCCAGCAGAUUCUCACCUACGAGGACUCGGUAGCAGCUCAUCUGUCCAAGAUCCUGACGUCGGACCAGCACUCGGUGGUGAUCACCUCCGCCAGGGUUCUCUGUGAAACCGUCAAGGACUUCGUGGCUCGAGUUGGAAAAGCUUACGAGAAAAACACGGAGAGUUCGGAGGAAUCGGAGGCGAUGGCCAAGAAGUGCUCGGUGCUGAAGCAGAAGCUGGAUUCCCUCCUGAAGACUCUGAGUGAAGAGUCCCAGGCCUCACCUGUACCUGCACCUGUACCUGCCCCGGUGGCCCCGCCCCCCACCAUCACCGAGGAGGGGGAGGAGCUCGACCUGCUGACCCCGCCCCUCCACCUGGCCCCACCCCCUCCCGUCCCGAGGCCCCUUCCCCCUUCCGCGGCGGCGGCCAUUUUUAAACCGCGGGAGCAGCUGAUGCUACGAGCUAACAGUCUGAAGAAGGCGAUCCGGCAGAUCAUCGAGCACACGGAGAGAGCUGUGGAUGAGCAGAACGCUCAGACCCAGAUCCAGACCCAGAUGCAUAUCCAGAACCAGAUCCAGGUCCAGAACCAGGUCCAGAACCAGGUCCAGAACCAGGUCCAGGUCCAGUUCUCCCAGGUGCGUCUGGUGGAGGAGGAAGAGGAGGAUGAAGACCAGGACCAGGUGUCCCAGUCCCACAGCUGCAUGCAGCAUGGCGCUAGCAGCGCUAGCAGAGUGUCUCCCUGUGAGAAGCUUAUCAGCAAAGGAAGCUGCGCCUCACUUCCUGUCCAGACAGGAAGUAGGGAGGACCUGCUGAACACCAGGAUCCUGUAUCCAGGUCUGUCCAGCAGCUCCGUCAUCAGCAGGUUGCUGGUCAACGCCGACCCGUUCAGCUGCGACCCGGAUAACCUGGACUGCUACACAGAGAAGUGCGUCAUGAACAACUACUUUGGAAUCGGCCUCGACGCCAAAAUCUCUCUGGAUUUCAACAACAAGAGAGACGAGCAUCCGGAGAAGUGCAGGAGUCGGACCAAGAACAUGAUGUGGUACGGAGUUCUGGGAACCAAAGAGCUGCUGCACAGAACCUACAAGAACCUGGAGCAGAGAGUCCUGCUGGAGUGCGACGGCCGGCCCAUCCCCCUCCCCAGCCUGCAGGGCAUCGCGGUUCUGAACAUUCCUAGCUACGCAGGAGGAACCAACUUCUGGGGAGGAACCAAGGAGGACGACACGUUCACGGCUCCGUCCUUCGAUGAUAAGAUCCUGGAAGUGGUCGCCGUGUUCGGCUCCAUGCAGAUGGCUGUUUCCAGGGUGAUCAACCUGCAGCACCACCGCAUCGCCCAGUGCCGGACGGUCCAGAUCACCAUCCUGGGGGACGAGGGCGUCCCGGUCCAGGUGGACGGGGAGGCCUGGGUCCAGAAUCCUGGCUACAUCCGGAUCCUGCACAAGAACCGGACCCAGACCCUGACCCGGGACCGGGCCUUCGAGUCCACCCUGAAGUCCUGGGAGGACAAGCGGAGGUUCCCGGGUACAGGUCCGGGUCCGGUCUCGCCGCCCCCCCAGCAGCCGGAGCUGGUCUCCCCGGAGGAGACGGUCCUGGUGGGCGACUUCGGCCGGGCGGCCGGGGCGCUGAUCCACAGCAUCCGGGAAGUGGCCCAGUCUCACCGCAGCCUGGAGCAGGAACUGGCCCACGCCGUCAACGCCAGCGCCAAGACCCUGGACCUGGUCUACGCCAAGACCUCCGGGGUCUCUCCUGGUCCUGGUCCUGGUCCUGGUCCUGGUCUCUCCAGUCCUGGUCCUGGUCUGAUCCGGUUCUCGGUGGUCCAGAUGGUUUCCAACGUCAAGGCUCUGCUGAGUGAGACGGAGCUGCUGCUGGCGGGACGGAUGUCCAUGCAGCUGGACCCCCCUCAGCAGGACCAGCUCAACGCGGAUCUGGUCUCUGUGGACCAGCAGCUCCGGAGACUCAACCAGGUCCCCUGGUUGUCCCCCGUCCUGGACCUGGACCUGUACCAUGAGGGUCCAGGUCUCACGGACAUUUCCAAGCGAAGUCGAGGUGCAAAGUUCCGUCUCGUCCCGAAGUUCAAGAAGGACAAGAUCAACAAGAACAAGGAGACGUGGAGCAGCCUGUCCCUGCCAGUGCACCAGUGGGGGACGGAGGAAGUGGGUUCCUGGCUGGACUUCCUGUGUCUCUCCGAGUACAAAGAAAUCUUCACGAGACACGACGUCAGAGGAGCCGAGCUGCUGCAGCUGGAAAGGAGGGACCUGAAGGAUCUGGGCGUGGCCAAGGUGGGUCACAUGAAGAGGAUCCUGCAGGGAAUCAGGGAGCUGAACCGCAGCAGCAGCGCUAGCGAGGCCUAGCGGGUCCCAGAAACCUCCCAGACCUGGACCCGGGACCCCCCAGACACGGGACCCUCCCAGACCCGGGACCCUCCCAGACCAGCAGCAGGACCAAGAACCCCAAGAAGACCAAGAACCAAUCUCAUGAUCCACUAGUGCCUUUUCAUCCCACCAGCCGGCCAAUCAGAGCAGGGGGGACCGGGACCAGAACCUGGUCCAGAACCUUCAGGACCAGAACCUGGUCCAGAACCUUCAGGAAGACCGUUUGGGGGUUGAUGGCGGAUUUGAAAGAAGAGUUUACACAAUUAAAGUUUCUUGAUGCCUUACGGACGACUUCAGAGCUGCAAACACAACAAACCAGGAACCUGAUCAAUAAUCUGAUUAUCUGUUAGUCUGAUCGAUAAUCUGAUUAUCUGUUAGUCUGAUCGAUAAUCUGAUUAUCUGUUAGUCUGAUCGAUAAUCUGAUUAUUUGUUAGUCUGAUUAUCUGUUAGUCUGAUCAAUAAUCUGAUUAUUUGUUAGUCUGAUCGAUAAUCUGAUUAUCUGUUAGUCUGAUCGAUAAUCUGUUAGUCUGAUUGAUAAUCUGAUUAUCUGUUAGUCUGAUCGAUAAUCUGAUUAUCUGUUAGUCUGAUCGAUAAUCUGAUUAUCUGUUAGUCUGAUCGAUAAUCUGUUAGUCUGAUCGAUAAUCUGAUUAUCUGUUAGUCUGAUUGAUAAUCUGAUUAUCUGUUAGUCUGAUUGAUAAUCUGAUUAUCUGUUAGUCUGAUCGAUAAUCUGAUUAUCUGUUAGUCUGAUUGAUAAUCUGAUUAUCUGUUAGUCUGAUUGAUAAUCUGAUUAUCUGUUAGUCUGAUCGAUAAUCUGAUUAUUUGUUAGUCUGAUCGAUAAUCUGAUUAUCUGUUAUCGGAUCAGAACCAGCUCUGAUGAGUCAUGUGAUCAGGUCACAUGACCGUGAUGAUGUCAUGCAGCAGCAGCAGUGCCUUCACUUUUCUUCUGAGUAUUUAUUAAUGAAUCAACGAGGCCCCGCCCCCUGCGCGAGGCCCCGCCCCCUGUGCGAGGCCCCGCCCCCUGCAGGUCACCACUGUAACACACCUGUUA